GUUCUCGGCGCAAAAAUUCAAACUCCGAGCAGACAAGAAUAGCCUCAGUUGCUUGUUUUUGUAAUAUCUCAAAUUUUAUUUGUACAGUUUAAGACGGACUUUGUCACAGUUUGGACAGUUUCAUGGGUCUUUUUCUCUCUCUAUCAGCUAAAAAUGAGUGCAGCCUCUACCCCAGUGUCCCGGGUCCAUCCGGGAUGGACGUCAUCUUUGAAGAGCAAGGGUUCAUCCCCUGCGGCCUGCAGCACCCCGCUGCUGGCAGCCUUCCCUGGCAACGACGAUGAGCAGGAGCGUCGUCAGCGCAGGAGGUCCAGAGUCAUUGACCUUCAGUCUGCCAACGAUUCUUCAUUUAUUGAUUCUGCUUCUCACAGUGCUGUGGGGACUCCUGCUGCUGUACCCAAGAUGUCCAAUGCUCAGAUUUCAGAGCACUACUCCACCUGCAUAAAGCUGUCCACUGAAAAUAAAAUUACCACCAAAAAUGCCUUUGGUCUCCAUCUGAUUGAUUACAUGYCAGAUAUUCUAAAACAGAAGGAUUCUGAACUCACCAACUUUAAGGUGGCAGCUGGCACUCUGGAUGCCAGCACAAAGAUCUACGCUGUGAGGGUGGACGCUGUUCAUGCUGAUGCCUACAGGGUGCUGGGUGGUCUUGGGGCUGAGACGAAACCUGGAGAAGACUGUGGUCCAGACCAGGAAGGAGAUGGUACUGCCGGGGAUGAAAAUGUCAAGCAGCCGAAGAAAAAGAGGCCUCCUAAAAGAACAGUAGAGCAGAAUCUGAGCAACAUCAACAGUGCAGAAUCAGAGAGGAAAUGUGAGGUGGACCCCAUGUUUCAGCGGUUGGCUUCCUCCUUUGAUGAGACCAGCACGGCAGGCGUCUUCCUGUCUGUCCUCUUCAGUGAGAACAGUCGCUGUGAGCUGCUGUUUCCCUCUCACAUGACUCUCCUGCAGUCCAGACCCUCUUACUCUCCUCCAACUCCACAGACAGUCCCUGCAUCACCAUUCAAGGCCGGACUGCAACGUUCCCAGGAGAAAAGCUCCAUCUGCCCGUCGCUGCAGGACUUUUCCUUCACAAGCUGGAACCCCGAGCAGACCAUGAAUCAGCUGUUGGAGAAGAUGAAGCAGGGUGAACAUGUGUUUGACGUGAACGCUGAGCCUGAACCAGAACCAGAGGAAGACUGCUGCCCUGACUUUGAUGCUGAUUAUGAGGAGGGAUCAGCUGACUAUGAAGAUAGAUCUAAAGAGGUCAAAGAGGGCUGUGAAGGCUCUGGGUCCGGCAAAGGAAGGGAUGUUAUUCCCAUUGGUGAGGGGGACAUAGCCACCAUGUGUCUGCAGCUGUCCUCUCAGCCCAGAGAGUAUUCCUACUUCAGCCCCAGGACCAUGGCCACAUGGGCUGGCCCAGGUUACUGGCAGUUCAAACCGAAGCACAAAUUGGAUCAUGUACCUGACAAGGAGACCCGAAAAAGGAAACCUAAAAAAAUCUUUGAGAUAGACUUCAGUGAUGAUGUCAACUUUGACACUUACUUCCGUACCACAAGGGCAGCCACCACUAACAGCAAGUCUGCGCUCUGUGCAAGCAAAAAGAAAACCACUUUACCUGCAGACUUCAAGUUUCCCCCUGAGAAGCUGUCCCAGCUCAGCCUCAAACCCUCCAGCUCGUUGAGUCAAGAAGUGCAGAAGAGGCUGUCUGGGGAGCUUGGAGAAGGCAUCGGUGAUUAUGACUACAACAACCCCAAUGAUACAGUCAACUUUUGUCCAGGUCUUCAGGGUAAUGACAGUGAUGAUGAUGUUGAAGGGUUUGCUGCCUCAGACGACACACAGCCCUCAGGUGACAGUAUACCUCCACCCUCACAGGAUCUGUCCACAUACGGGGAGGACAAUCUGGUACCGGAACCACACAGGGUAAACAAGAUUGAAAUCAACUAUGCGAAGACAGCAAAGAAAAUGGACAUGAAGAGACUUAAGAACAACAUGUGGACUCUUCUGACUGAAAGCCCAGAGAAAACAGCACAGCAGGUGGAGCAGCCUGCAGAGGCUGCAGAAGUGAGCGGAGAGAAAGCCUUCAGUCAGACCACAAAGGCCCUGCUUCAAAGAUUGCCAAACACAAUGGCUCAGAACCUGUCUGUUCCGUUGGCUUUUGUGGCUCUGCUUCAUCUGGCCAAUGAAAAGAAUUUGGAGCUGGUGAAGGUUGACGAUAUGUCAGAUAUCAUCAUCAGGCAAGGCCGAAGAUAAAAAAAAAAACAAUGAGUUAAUGUGAUUUUUGUUUGUUUGUUUGUCUAUCUUUGCUUUUUAUGUCUUUAUUGUGCAUUUCUGAUGUAUUUGUCCAGAGAAAUGUGCUUUUAAUCUCUAUAUCAGCGUAACAUGUGUUGCUUUUACUUUUGUACCUCCCGUGAAUAUUUACUGUGUAGAUACUUUUAACUGCUCAAACACCACACAAAGAUGUAUAUUGUCAAAAUAAACGUUUUUCAUAAA